AUGUCUUACGGAUCUGUUGCCAGUGGAGGUGGCUUGGGGAGCCAUGAUCCUUUUGGGACUCCUUCAAGAGAAGGCUGUCAGCCCCUAGUAAUUGUAACUGUCCCUUGCUGUAGAUGUUGGACCGAAUAUGGAAUCUGCCAUUUCUCUUGCCCACCACCAGAGAGCGUUCCACAGGAGGUCUGAGUGGGGAAGGAGGGGGAAGGUGAUCUGGGGCCGGUUGGCACCACCAGAAGCCCAAGGGCCAGGAAGCGAGGGCCUGGAGUUUCUCCUGAAGGUAGUCAGGAGCUCACCUCACUGCCUGCCACUGGCACUGGCCGGAAGUCAGGAUCCAGCAUCACCUGGGCUAAGAAGAGGAAGCCCAACUUCUGCCCACAGGAGACAGAGGUGCUAUUAUCCAAGGUCAGUAAGCACCACCAGCUGCUGUUUGGCACAGGGCUGCUGAAGGCUGAGCCUACUUGCAGGUACUGUGUGUGGAGUCGCAUCCUGCAGUCAGUAAAUGCUCUGGGCUACUGCCACCGAGAUGUGGUGGACCUGAAGCAUAAAUGGCGGGACCUGCGUGCAGUUGUGCGGCGCAAGCUGGGUGACCUCCUCAAGACUGCCCCCAGUCAGGCCCUGACCCUCACACCUGUGGAGCAGGCAGUGGCCAAGACCUUCUCCUGCCAGGCCCUGCCCCCUGAGGGCCAUGGCCUCCAGCUGCCCAGAGCUGCUCCAGGUGAUCCCCAUCCUGUCUAGGAGCUAUGUCAGGCCAGCAUCUUUCGAAUCAACUCGGCAGUGACCUCCUUGGAAGAGAGCUUACAGUCUCUGGGAACACCGAAUGACACACAGGAGCUCCGGGACAGCCUGCACUCAGUGCAGCAGAAGACUAACAAAACCAUUAUGGCCAGUGCCAGUGCCAAGAAGCAGCUAUCGGAGCUCCUACAGGUCCCUAGCCCGCAGGAGCACCUGAAGCUGGACUGACUGAAAACUCAGUUCUUAGAAGCCAUCCAGCACUAUGGAAUGGUACAAAAGAAAAUUGCAGAAAAGUCCAGAGCUCUGCUUCCCAUGGCUCGGAGGGGCAGCCAGCAGAGCUUCCAGGCUCCUUUUGUGGAGCUGGCCAACAAUGAGAAGACCUCCAGUGGAGGUCAUAGCAGGUGGCAGGGCCAGGAGUAAGAGCCGCCUACGGACAUCACAGAGGAGAACCUGGAAGCCAUCCUUCAGGUGGAGAUGAGGCUGUGUGGUUGGACGCAGUGUAGUGGCUUUCUGGACGUGAACCAAGUCAUUGGGGACUGCUCCAUGGUGCCAGAGCAAGGAGAUUCCAUUGGUGAGUACCUGCUUGACUCUGGCCACCGGCCUUCGGGAGGUGCCUGGUGGAGCCACCUGGACAUGGGCAGGUGGGCCUUGGAGGAGCCUAGGCGCACAGGCACAUCCCCUUGUCCCAAAGGUGCCAGCCUCACUCAUCCUGGCUUGUUCCUUGCUGCCAUUGCCCAGGGGUCCAACAGCAAGAAGGCCCCAAGCAGGCCAAGCUCCAGCUCUGCGAUGGCUGAGGCAGACCUGCUGCCAGGUUCCCACUCCCGCACCAAGACGCGCAAGGAGACAGAGGUGCUGGUGCAGAGAGUGGCCCGUCACUGUCCACUGCUGUGUGGGGCGCUGCGGGACAUGCCAGUGCGGAAGCACCGCGUGUGGAACAGGAUCCCACAGGCCGUGAACCGCUGGGCUACUGUCACCGGGACCUGA